AUGCGAAGUAGGGCAAGGUGGACAUGGCAGAAGGCAGUGCAAACCUUCUUCACGGACGCAGCUGGCUCUGUUAGCGCUCGAGACCUGCCCGCGCGGUCCCGGCAUCAGCUGUGGCCGCCACCUCAGGCCGCUGUCCUCUCCCUCACGAGGUGUCAGGCGUCAAGGUCAGAGUGUCUGUGCCACGGUCAGCGGCCGCCCUCUGCGAAGAUGGAGGGGCGGUUCCUGUUCUACCGCUUCAGGCGGCGGCUUCCGGAGGGGCUGAGGCGAGCUAUGGACACCAGCACCAAACGGAAGUGGUCUAGAUGCCCAUCCGUAGUGACGAGCGUCACAACAGGGCAUCAUGCGGCACUUAACACGGAUGAAUUGGGCUACAUGGGUGGCGUGAGCAAGCAUCAGAAACCCUACCUACGGCUGCAAGGGAAGGGCUGGUGCUCCCCAGCCGAGGGUGAACCCGGAGGCCUUGGCCGGCGGGCUGUGGAUGCUGCGUGGACCAACUCCAGGGGCUGCAUCAGAAGCAGUCGCUGUGCAGAGACCACCUUCCACACACCCACCACCUGCGGCCUCGCUGACCCCCAGCAGAGAGCCCAUGUGGGGAAGAACGCCAGGGUGACAGCAGGUGCCACCCUGAGCAGGGGCCUCGUGGAUGAGGUCCAGCUGCAGCUGGACGGGGAGCUCAGACCCCACCCUAGGUCCCUCCAGAGGCUUCGCUUGCUCUCGGAGAAGGAGCUGCAGCCAGGGCGGGCGGCAGUCGGUGUGGUGCCGGGGCUGGGCCGGCCGCGGAGGGAAAGCGCAGUCACUCUGGCCCGCAGGCGCCGUCAGCGUCCCAGGACCCUGUGUGCGGUGGCCCCGCUGAGGCCGGGGGCCAAGCCCGCGCGUGCUGGGGAGGCCGCGGUCGGGAUGGAGCGCCGCCUGUCGGCCAGAAAGCGGAUGCGCGUGGUCACAGACUGCCAGCCGCCGUGCCGCCAGCACAGCCCGGAGAGCUGCGUUUCCCGGCCUCCCUUCCCCUCUGCCUUGUCUGCAUUCCCGCUGCUGCUGGAGGUGCUGGAGGGUGAGGCGUGGGUGGGAAGCAGGCCCCUCGAGGUCUUUGACACCAUCACAGACCCACUGUGCCCCCCAGAUUCCAGACUCGGUGUCCGAUCAGUCGGCCCACCCGUCAUUCAGAGGUUAAACACGCAUGUACCGCUUUGCGCCGCUGAGUACGCGGGAUCUGUGGCACGCGGGGGGCCUGUGGCCGGAGGGAGAACCUGGGCCCUGCUUCCUUGCAAGCACGCUCUUAGGCAGGCCUGUGAACGGAGCUCCGUGGGCCCCGGGCUGCAGCGCCUGCCCCGGACAUGGCGUCUGCAGGGCCAGGACGGCUGGAGGGAUGGAAGAAUCUGCGGGACACCCCAUGCCCAUCAGGAGGACUUGGCCAUGAAGCAAGCAUCCUUUCACAGCAAGAGGCUGCUCCGGCCGUCUUCAGGGCGACGCACACCCCUCUGGGUGGAACAGGUGGACGGCCGCAUGCACGCUCCCUGGGAUGGAAGAGGACAAGGCUGGAGCCUCCUUCAGAGCAGGGCGCUGAGUCAGUCGGGGGAGGGUCUUCACCACGGCGAAUGGAGCACCACAGCCCGGGUCAUCCUGGUUAAAAUGAGCUGGAAGAGAGCCGAGAGACUCUUUGGGCAGAGGGCAGGGGGAGUCCUCAUGGCUGUGGGCCCCCUGGAGUGCUCUGGGGCCUCCCCACCCCCAGGGAGUCUCCGUCACACCCCGGGGCACCUGAAGCUGCUCCACCAGAGUCAGGAGGACAAGGGGGAGGGGGGUGGUCCUUGGACAGGCCCUGAGGGCCAGGGACCCAGGGGUGCCUUCCAGCGCCAGGUGGAGAAGUGGGACCGGAGCCAGGGUGGCGAGGAAGACGAUGUGGGAGGAGAAACAGGGACAGGGCGGGGAGGCGGAGGGGCUCUGAUGGGCACAGAGGCAGCCGGUAUCUGGGGGGCAGGCCACCCGGGCUCAGGCCUGCUCCUAGUCUCAGAGCCUGGCGCUGAGCUGACCUGUCCCCCGAGUCAGGCUGGUACCCUCGAUGGUCAGAAGAGCCCCACACCCAGGAAGGACGUGGCUAUUGCCACCAGAGAAGGUGAUCAGUUCCCGUGUGGCCCCGCACCCCAGCGGGACACGACUGCACUAUUACAACCAGAGAAGGCGAUGUUGCUGCAGGGCUGA